AUGAUGCCUUUAAGACCAUCAAAAAGCGCUCUGCGCGCGUUCCGCCUCCAAAAGCACAUUGCUGGACGCAGGCCAUUCUCGUCCUCGUUUGUGGCUUCGGCCGCUUCGCCCCACCGCUCUUCUGUCCAGAAGCGUGGUCAAAGUACAGCUACCGCUGCUUCGGAAUCCAGACCCGUGCCUAGUCCUGCCUUCAACCAGGAGCCCCAUCGCAAUGAGAUUUCUCCUUUGCAACAUCGUCAGCUUCCCGAGCUAGAUGACUCAAUGGUUGGAAUGAGUGGUGGAGAAAUCUUCCACGAGAUGAUGCUUCGCCAGGGUGUGAAGCACGUCUUCGGUUACCCCGGUGGUGCUAUUCUCCCCGUGUUCGAUGCCAUCUACAAUUCAAAGCACUUCGAAUUCCUCCUUCCCAAGCACGAACAGGGUGCCGGUCACAUGGCGGAGGGCUACGCUCGUGCCUCUGGUAAGCCCGGUGUUGUUCUCGUUACCUCCGGCCCCGGUGCUACCAACGUCAUUACUCCCAUGCAAGAUGCUAUGUCCGAUGGUACCCCGAUGGUUGUGUUCUGUGGUCAGGUCCCUACCAGUGCGAUUGGAACCGAUUCUUUCCAGGAAGCCGAUGUCAUCGGUAUCUCUCGCGCCUGCACCAAGUGGAACGUGAUGGUCAAGUCCGUUGGUGAGCUGCCUCGCCGCAUCCAAGAGGCCUUCGAGAUUGCCACUAGCGGUCGUCCCGGACCCGUUCUUGUUGACUUGCCCAAGGAUGUUACUGCUGGCAUCCUCCGCAACCCUAUCCCCAUGCACAGCACCGUCCCCUCGCUCCCUAGCGCAGCUGCCAUGGCUGCCCGUGAGAUGAGCCAGAAGCAGCUCGAGAGCACCAUCGGCCGCGUUGCUAACCUUGUUAACAUCGCUAAGAAGCCUAUCCUUUAUGUUGGACAGGGUCUUCUUGCUCGCCCUGAUGGUCCCAAGAUUUUGAAAGAGUUCGCCGACAAGGCAUGCAUUCCCGUCACCACCACCCUCCAGGGUCUUGGUGGUUUCGAUGAGUUGGACCCUAAGGCCCUUCAUAUGUUGGGUAUGCACGGGUCCGCCUAUGCCAACAUGGCUAUGCAGGAGUCUGAUCUCAUCAUCGCUGUUGGUGCUCGUUUCGAUGACCGUGUGACUCUCAGUAUCCCCAAGUUCGCCCCUCAGGCCAAGCUUGCCGCUGCUGAGGGCCGUGGUGGUAUCGUGCACUUCGAGAUCAUGCCCAAGAACAUCAACAAGGUUGUUCAGGCCAACGAGGCUGUUGAGGGUGACUGUGCCGACAACCUUCGUCUUCUGUUGCCCCACGUCAAGGCAGUCUCCGAGCGGCCUGAGUGGUUCGAGCAAAUCAACGACUGGAAGACGCGCUUCCCUCUGUCGCUCUACGAUCGCCAGACCGACGAUGGUCCCAUCAAGCCCCAGGCUGUUAUUGAGAAACUGAGCGACCUCACUGCCCACAUGAAGGAUAAGACCAUCAUCACCACUGGUGUCGGUCAGCACCAGAUGUGGGCUGCCCAGCACUUCCGCUGGCGUCACCCUCGUACCAUGAUCACCUCCGGUGGUCUCGGUACUAUGGGUUACGGUCUUCCCUCCGCCCUGGGAGCCAAGGUGGCCCGUCCGGACUGCCUUGUCAUCGAUAUCGACGGUGACGCUUCUUUCAACAUGACUCUCACUGAGCUCUCCACUGCUGCCCAGUUUAACAUUGGCGUCAAGGUCCUCCUGCUUAACAACGAGGAGCAGGGCAUGGUUACCCAAUGGCAAAAUCUGUUCUACGAAGACCGCUAUUCCCACACCCACCAGCAGAACCCCGACUUCGUUCCUCUCGCCAAGGCUAUGCGCGUUGCUGCCGAUCGUUGCUUCAAGCCCUCCGAGAUUGAGGAGAAGUUGAAGUGGCUGAUCGAGCACGAUGGCCCUGCUCUCCUGGAGGUCAUCACCGACCGCAAGGUCCCCGUUCUUCCCAUGGUGCCCUCCGGCCGCGGUCUGCACGAAUUCUUGGUCUACGACGAAGCCAAGGAACAGGAGCGCAAGGCGCUGAUGCGCGAGCGCAACGUGGACUUCCACGUUCGGAAAGAAUAG